CGUCGUGCCGUCGUCUGUCUCGUCGUUUCAACAACCUACAUUGUCGAGUGCCAUCUGCUAGAUACCCUACGCGCCAGAGCAUCAACCUAGACCAAGAGAGACCAGUUGCCUGUAUCCAUUAGCCCCUCGAACCCCCGCAAAGCAUCAAUGGCUCGUCGCAAGCAGGCAGCGUCCAGUGUGCCUUCCCUCGUGUCGUCGUCGGCGUCUGCAUCGGUAGAGGGAACCUCGCCACCCCAGACCCCAGCCAUGUCGUCGCCCCCACCAAAAGCCAAGGACCAAGAUGUCAAGGCAGAGAAGGAAGAGGAGGUGAUUGUGGUCGACGACGAAGAGGAGACGGUCGUCUCCGACGCGGCGGCCGCACAACGCGCCUCGCGCCUCAACUUCCUGCUCGAGAAGUCGACCAUUUAUGCCAAGAUUAUCGGUGACCGUAUGGAGCGCCAGCAGAUUGAAAAGGCCAAGGCGGAGCAGCGCGCCGAAGUCCGUCGUGCCAACAAGGAGAAGCGCGAGGCCGAUGCGGCGGGCCAGGAGGGCAGAAGCGGAUUGCGCGAGGCACCAGCGUCUCCUGCCAAGCGUAGACGGAGAGGCGAGACCAAGUCGUCGUCGUCCAAGCGUGUCAAGUUGGAAGCCCCAGUCGAAGCCAAGCCCGAGCCCGUCGACGAGGCAGAGCCGGCCGAGGAAGGCGGUAAUGAGGACCCGAAGCAGUACUCAUUCCGCCAGCCCGAGCUCGUCACAGGAGCAACGUUGCGCGACUACCAGCUUGCUGGCGUGCAGUGGAUGAUCUCUCUGUACGAGAACGGUCUUAAUGGCAUUCUGGCUGAUGAGAUGGGCCUUGGCAAGACCCUCCAGACAAUCUCGUUUCUCUCCCACCUCCGUUCCAAGGGCACCUGGGGGCCUUUCCUCAUCGUCUGCCCCCUCUCGGUGCUGUACAACUGGAUCUCAGAGUUUGAGAAGUUUGCGCCAUCAAUCCCUGUGAUCAUGUACCACGGCACGCCAGAGCACCGCGCCGAGCUGCGUGCCACCCGUCUCCAGGCGCCGUCCAAUGCUGCCGUCGGCAACGUUCGCCAGGGUGGCAAGGACCCGCGAGGCAAGGCAGCGCCUGUGUAUAAUGGGCGCAAGGGCACCAACACGACAGCCACUUUCCCGAUCGUCGUGACGACAUACGACAUUUGCAUGAUCGACCAGCGUUAUCUCAGCGGAUUCCAGUGGAAGUUCAUUGUCGUCGAUGAGGGACACCGCCUGAAGAACCUCGACUGCAAGCUCAUCCGCGAGCUCAAGACGUACAAAAGCGCCAACCGCAUGAUCCUCACGGGUACCCCACUGCACAACAACCUCGCCGAGCUCUGGUCCCUUCUCAAUUUCAUUCUGCCCGACAUCUUUGACGACCUCGACUCGUUCCAGCAGUGGUUCAACUUCGACGACAUGAGCAAUGGAACGGAGACUGAUGGUCUUCUGAACAAGUCGUCGGUUGUGCAGUCUUUGCACGCCAUUCUCAAGCCGUUCCUGCUUCGUCGACUCAAGGUAGAUGUGGAGAAGGACCUGCCACCAAAGAAGGAGUAUCUCCUCUACGCCCCCCUCACUGCACCUCAAAAGGACAUGUACCAGGCGAUCGUCCGUCGCGACAUCCGCAACUACCUCAUUGAAAAGAAGAGUGGCGGUGGCAUCAAUGGUGUGGUGGAGGAAGACGAGGAUGAAGUUCUGGCCGAUGGCCCCCGACCUAAGCGCAAGGGCACGGAAGUCGACUAUCACAUUCAGGAGAGCGACUCAGCCUGGCUUCGCACCUUGGACAAGACCUCCAAGUCAGCCUAUGCGACCAAGGCGCCACCAAAGCUGUCUCAGCGCGAACUGGCCAUCAAGCAAGCCACGCAAAACGUCAACAAUAUGCGCCUGCAAAACAUGGUCAUGCAGCUCCGCAAGGUGUCGUCCCAUCCGUUCCUGUUCGACUGGCCGAUCGACGAGAAGACCGACGACCUUGUGGUCAACGACGACCUGGUCAACGCGAGCGGCAAGAUGCUCCUUCUGAACCGCCUUCUCGGCGCCCUGUUCGAACGUCGCCACAAGGUCCUCAUCUUCUCUCAGUUCACGACGAUGCUCGAUGUCAUUCAAGACUGGGCGACUCUCUACAAGGGGUACAAGAUCUGUCGCAUCGAUGGUGCCACGAAGCAGGAAGAUCGCCGUGCACAGAUGCACGAGUUCAACACGGGCGGUGACGACCCCGACGCACCCCAGCUUUUCCUGCUCAGCACCCGUGCUGGUGGUCUUGGCAUCAACCUCGUUGCAGCCGAUACUGUCAUCUUCUUCGACCAAGACUGGAACCCGCAGAUGGACCUUCAGGCCCAGGACCGUGCACACCGUAUCGGUCAGACCAAGCCUGUGCUCGUGUUCCGUCUCGUGUCCGCGCACACGAUCGAGUCGAAGAUUCUGCAAAAGGCAUCCAACAAGCGCAAGCUCGAAGCGCUCGUCAUUCAGCAGGGCAAGUUUGGCAAGCUCGUGGACGAGAACGGUCGGGUCCUCCUCGGCAAGUCGAGCCAUCGUCAUCAGUCAACGGCCGACAUGGCACGCGCCUUGCUCGACCUGGACGGCGAAGAGAUUCACACAGCCGCGGCCGACGACAAGAUCAUUUCCGAUGGUGACCUGGAUCUCCUCCUGGACCGCUCGCCGGAGGCGUUUGCUCGUGAGAAGGGCUGGGCUGCUGGUCUCGGCAAGGUCGGUGCCGCUGGGCGUGAGGCGCAGCUGGCCAAGGGUGAGAGGACUGCCUUCGAGGUGUUUGUCCCUGCAAAGGACGAGGCGGCCGACGGCCUGGCGCACAUGUUCAAUGGCGAUGGCGAGAUUGAGGAGCAGUGAGGUGGUGACUGUGUGUGCAUCGCAUUUGGGCUUCAGUGUGUUGUAUAGAGUAGUAGAUUGCAUGUGAUAUGAUGCAGG